AUGUGCGGCACGCCAAAACAAAACGGUGAAACUAAAGAAGUUUUCCCCAACACUCCCUUAGUCCUCGUUGACAAAAACGCAGAAUUGCCUGUGAAACUCAAACAACUGUCGGAUAGUCUGGAAUGUGUGUUGACCUCACAAGCUGGUGUAACGCUUAUGAAAAAUGUGGACAUAUCACUGGAAUUUUUGCACGAUGGGGAUAAAGUUACGUCUUGCAAAAUUGGCUACUUUGGGAAGCCACCGGUAAUUUGUGAUGAAGCAGUUGAGUUAAUACAAGCUGGAGAUUUUGGUAAACUUCGGAGCAAGAUAUUCGCUGUAUUAGCAACAAUUCCAACAAAUUUGACCGUUUCUGAGAAGAGCUUCUGUGUGAAUGCUCUUGAUUCGUUCGAGGGUUUUCUCUUGACUGCAAACCGUGGAGCUCCCUCUUUUGAAUCAAUUUGCACACUUUUAUAUGGGUUCCUGCUACCAAGAACUCCUUUGAGGCCAGCAAGGAUUUAUUACACCGUGGAGCCUAGCUAUAUUGUCAUGACAAGAAGACAGCAAUUGGAAGCUUCAGAUUUUGACAACCUCGACUAUAUGGAAGUAUCAGUGGUUUCUAUUGAUAGAGAGAUUCAAAUGCCAGCCGGAGAUGCUCGGUGA